UUUUGGUGUACAGUAGCGUAAAGUUGUGUCUAGUGUAGGUUGAGGGAGCUUGUUCCUCCAGCGGACCUUCAGCAUGACAGAAUCCUUGGAUGAAGAACAGGUUACAAUGCUGAGGCGCGCAUUCUCCAUGUUCGACUCAAGUAAAGCUGGAAAGAUUGAGAAUGAAAAGGUCCGCACAAUCCUCAACACUCUGGGCCUCGCCAUUAACGACUUGGAGCUGGAGGCGCUGUUGGAAGAGGAGGAUAAAGAAGAAAUCGGAAAGUUGAAUUUUGAUUCAUUCUGCCGCGUGGCGAUGCAUUUCUUGGAUGAUGAGGACAACGAGGUCAUGCAGAAGGAACUGAAAGAAGCAUUUCGGCUCUACGACAAAGACGGCAAUGGAUACAUCCCAACAUCCAGCUUAAGGGAAAUUCUGAUGGCCCUUGAUGAUCAGCUGACACCAGACCAACUGGAUGAGAUGAUUGGCGAAAUCGACACUGAUGGCUCAGGAACAGUUGAUUUUGAAGAGUUUAUGGAGAUGAUGACUGGAGAUUAGAGGAAACAAACAAGUCAUCCAAAAAAGGAGAACCAACCACUCUGCUGUCAUGCAAGACACCGCAUCCUGACAGUUGCAUGAGAAUUGUGUCUUCAGUCUGUCAACUUUGUGUUUCUACGCUAUAAAAUACGAGUAUUUGAUUAUGAAGGAAACAUUAAUAAAAAUCAUAUUUAUCUUUAACAGGAACUGAAUACCCCCUUAUUAAUUCGAACCCAUUGAUCAAAUAUUGUUGUGAAUAUGGAGCUUCGUAAAUCAACUAAUAACCAAUCAAUACUAGUAUGAGAUAAAGGGAAGGUAAUUUAAUAAGCAACAUUUACAAUUUUUCAAGCAUAAUGAUUUAUUAUGUACAUUGAAACUCCCAUAGCAAUUCAAUCUGUUUAUUUUAAAACAUAACUUUUAUGUUUAUAACUACUUGGAAGAAAUGUAUUUUUGCGAACCUAACAAUGGUUCUGGUAUCCAAGAAAUUCCAGUUCGUUUUAUAUAAACCGAAAGUUCAUUGCUGUGUU